GCCCCGCCAUCUCUCGGUGAUUCGCCCCGGCAGCAGCGAGCCGAGUCUCCUGGCGACCACUAGCUUGUUUAAUCGCUUAACCGAUCUCAUUCAUACCGGCUGUGGCUGCAUGCGGCAUGCCUAUGUUAGCAAAAACCUAAAAAUCCCCGAAAACGCAUUCCAAAUUCGAAUACAGCUUAUCGCGGUAAAGUUGAUUCGUAAAGUCAAAUAUUUUGUGUCAAAUUUUGUGAAAGAUGUGUUGUCUAAUAUUGAUAAAUCGCGUGUAAUGUUUACUUAUUUUUAUUAGGACUGUUUAUUUACGUAUUUAUACUGUUUGCCGUGUCUUCCAAUAACUAAGUGAUAUUUUUAAUCAUCGAAUUCGCAAGAAUGGAGAAGAGCGGAGGUUCGAGACUUCUUCAAAUGCAGGCACGCUUCCAACAAAAGCAACUUCAGGAGCGUGAGUUGAAAAUCGCUUCGCUGUACGAAGCGCAACAGGCGAGGGCACUCGACCGCGUCCGACACUCGCCCAGCAAUGGCGUGGCGGCCACUCCGCCGCAAGCACCCGUCACGCACCACCCGGGAAAGGUGCGACAAAUGUUCGAAGAAAGGCGUACAAAAGGCAUCGAUAAAAGCUACCCGCUCCAACCCAUUCAAAACACAGAGCGUACUCCGCCACGGAAAACCUUGCCAAAUGGCUACACCAAAGUUUCCUCGACCAGUAAGACCUCGGUGGAGAAAAAGACUGCCAAAACACACACGAAUUUCAGCACUCAUAGUGUUAAGAAACAAAGUACUACUCAGGUCCAGAAAAUAGACAAUAUGGUAAAUGGUUCCGGUGACCUUAACCACAAUCACGAAACGGACUUGAAUACACAGAAAAUUAUGCCACAGAGCAACGGUGAGAUAAUUCCAACAGUAGACGAAAGGGAUCACGUAGAUAAUGAAAACAACGAAAUGAUAGAAAAUGAGACAUUCCCUGAGGCGCUCGCACCUACGCCCUCGCCGCGAUCUCCUGAACCCGUCGUCGAAGUCAAAAGGCCACCGAGAAGAAGUCCAGUUGCUGCACAGAGACCUAAAAGUCCAGUGAAAAGUAAACCUGCAGCAGUACCGGCCGCUCCACCAAGAAGAGUUGUCAGCGAAAAUAAGGUACCGGCGCGGGAGAGCAGUAAGCCCAAGGGGGUCAUGCAGCGAGCUCCAGUACUUAGAAACAACACAGCCACGAACUCACAGCCGCUAAGCGCUUCAAACAAACCCCGUGCAGCCCCGUCAGCCAGCAAGAGCGCCGUCCCGAGCGAGGGAGGCUGCCCGGUGUGCGGCCGACACUUCGCGCCCGACCGCCUGCCCAAGCACCAGGAGAUCUGCCGCAAGACGCACGCCAAGAAGCGCAAGCCCUUCGACGUACUGAAGCACCGCCUGGCCGGCACAGAAGCGGAGCCGUUUAUCAAUAAGCUACGUAAGGGCACUCCAUCUACGACAAAAGUGCAACAGAAAUCUCUGAACAGUAACUGGAGGCAGAAACACGAGGAGUUCAUUCAAGCUAUCCGCGCAGCCAAGCAAGUGAAGGCUCAUCUCGAAGCGGGAGGUAAACUCAGCGACCUCCCACCACCGCCUCCUUCAGAGAACCGCGACUACGUGCAGUGUCCUCACUGCAAGCGACGCUUCAACCAAUCCGCAGCCGAGCGACACAUCCCCAAGUGUGCCAGCUUCCAGUUCAAUAAGCCCAAGCAACCCGCCAAAAGGAAAUAACUGCAUACAUCAUCAGACCUGAGCAGACCUUACAGAGGUCAUAACUACACACAACGACGUGGGAUCCCUCGACAGAGGAUUAAGAAAACAGUAGAAGAGAACUUGGCUAGUGACUCAUAAAUUAUACUCCUAAGGUUAUUUUAUUUCUGCUAACACAUAUGUUAAAAUGUUGACUAAUCUUAACUUCUCUAUCAAAACUACUCUAUCAAAAUUAUCGGUAAUCAAAGUAAAUUCAUAUCGUUCUACUAUUGUUUUAUAGUACUUUUAUCCUUCAGUUCCCUAUAUACUCAUUUAACAGGCAUUUUAAUAACAUGCGGCAUUUCUCAAUGAAAAAUUCCCUUAUCAAAAGUAGGAGUACGGCUCCAAGUAAUCUAAUGGACAAACCAGCCACAAAUAUAUCGACACAAUUUAUUACAACGUCGCCAAAUAUCUUUUGCGACACUUUAGUCCAAAUAAUUUUCACUUUUGCUCUAUUCUACCUGGUGAAAUGCUUCUACGACAUCAUAAGUCCAAACGUGCAAAACUGAAAAUGGAAACAUC